GCGCACCGCGGCUAGAGAAGCCACCAACGCGCUUGGGCCUCUGUGCCCCGCCCUCCGUGCUUCUGGCUACUUGGGGAACGUUCUGGAAGUUUGGGAGGCAACGUGGCCCCAGGGACCUGCUGAUCUGAUUGUGGCACCAUUAGAAGCUGGGUUGAUCCAGAGACAGACAGAUGGCUGAAAAUGGCAGAAAAGAAAAAAUAAAAUGGACAACCACUAUUAUUAUUAGCUCAUCUCUUAAGAGUUGUGAAGUUGCAACUGCCCUAGAAAAUCAAAGCCACAAGAUUCGGUAUUCAGAUUCCGUGGAAAAUGGAUCAAUUAUAUUUUCUCUUUCUGGACUUGCAUUUUUAUUGAUGGAUGCCAAAGAAUGCUUUAUAUCAGCUGAAGAAAUAUUUCUAGCCAAAAUUGAGAAGUUUAUUAAUAUUCACCGAAAGAGUUUUUUGGUUCUGUCUGCUGCCCUCCAUGGGUCUGAGGAAUGGAAACUGAUGUUCAGGAUUCAGCAGAGAUUCCUGGGUAGUAAUUUACGGAUACUUCCAGUACACAACACAGUAAAUGCUAUUAAUCUUAUGUGCACUAUAGCUAAGACUGCCUCCAAACCAUACACAGACAGCAUUUGCUAUAGAAUGAUAACAACUGAGGCUUACAUCAUUGAGCAAAGUCCUGUUUGGAAAACACUUCAAAAAUUAAAACUGAGUAGUGAUUCACUUAACCUAAAUUAGAGUAUCAAUUACAAAAGUUCUUUUGGAAGAAUGUUAAAAUAAUUACCAGUUAAAUUAUAAUGUUCAAAUAUCUAUUUAAAGAUUUUUUAAAAAUUUAAAAUAAUAAAAUGUAUAUGAUCAAAAACGAUUUUC